CACACUUUAACUGGCAUUCCAUUGUGCUUUCUUUAGGGACUAUUUCUUUGGUACAAAGUUCUUCCAGCAAAAACAGACUUUUGUGUGCGCUGCAUUAAGAAUUACUGUUCACCUCAGUUAGCAUUUAUGAGCUCUGAUCAAAUCAGCACUUUUUCAUUCUUGUUCAGUGCUCAAUUACAAUGUGCAUGUGACUGCAGGUAUCUGGUGGAAAACAUGAGGAGGGAAAUCUGCAUUCUAGUCCCCCUGCUGCUCCUUCUUCCUCCUGUGUGUGGGCAGGUUUCACGCCUUAGACCUAAUGUUACUUUUCACAAAUACCUGAUGAACUGGACACAGGCACAGUUAUACUGCAGGGAGAAUCACACAGACCUGGUCACCAUCAGAAAUGAAACAGAGAAUUUGGACAAAUUCCAUGGCUGGAUCGGUUUAUACCGAGAGAAUACAAGCUCUGACUGGAAAUGGUCCAGAGGAGAUGAGAUAGCCACCUACUUCCCCUGGAAAAAUGAUCACCCAAAGGAUGGUGAAAACUGUGCUUUUACAAAAGAGGAUGGGAAACAAUGGCUGGCCACUAAAUGUGAGUCCCAUAAUCAAUUCAUGUGUUAUGAGGAGAAUCUGGUUCUGGUGAAGGAGAAUAAGACGUGGGAGGAUGCAUUAAUGCACUGCAGGACCCUGGAGGCAGUGGACCAAAGUAAGCCAGCCACUGAUUACCAGAACCACCGCUAUGACCUUGCCACCCUGCUCACUGUAGAUGACCUCACCUUUGCACAAGAGACAGCACAAGAGGCUCCACAUGAGGUGUGGACGGGCCUCCGCUACCUGGCUGGUCAGUGGGUGUGGGUGGGUGGAGAACCAGGGCCACCCAAGAAUAUUAACAGCUGCCCGACUCAGAGGUUCUGUGGCAUCCUGAGGAAGAACGGCAGCUUGGAUAUAAGGGACUGCAUGCAGAAAAGGUUCUUCCUCUGUUACAAGAAGCCUUCCUCAUAAAUAUUGUGUUCAAAAGAAGUCCUCUUCUUCCUCCCUGGCUCAUGUUUCAAUUCUGUCAUUACUGAAAUAUUUCUCAACAAAGUCAGUCCUUUCUAUUCACUGUAAUGCGAUAAGUUAUAUAUACAUUUUAAGUAACACAAACUCAACUUUUUAAGUUAAAAAAGAUUCUUGAUUUAAUUUUAUUAGUCAUCUUAAGUGACACUAACUUAGUUUUGUAAUUUACAGAAACAUUCCUGAUUAAGUACUUUCACUAGCUAUUUUGUUUGACAGUACAAAUCAGUGUCAUUUGAAAUGACUAAAAUGACUGGUGUAAUAAAGUUGUGUGUAUGUAUCUAUUAUUACUAUAUUCAACAUUGUGCUUUUUAUUUGCUUUGUAAGUCGAAGGUGCAAAGUUAUUGUCACAUAAUAUUCAAUAUCAAGUUAACGUUUUAACUUUCAUGUUAAAUGUCACUCAGCUCUACAGAGCCUUUUAGCUCAUUGUUUUGGUCAGAAGUGUUUCCUGUUACAAAAAAAAAGUACAUUAGCUGUGUGUUGUCUGUCUAUCCAUUAUAAUUAAAAUGAUAAAGAAACUAGUGAACCAUCAGUGAGACAUAAGCAGUGGUUACAGUCAUUUGGCAGCACUGUAUCCAUUUCCUUUUUAAUCCAUGUAGUUUCCUGCUCCUAUCUGGAAGCAGACCAGUUUAAUCUCUGUGUGUGACGUCAGCAAUAAAAGCACAUUAAGCUGGAA